AGCGGCGCGAAAUAUGAAAAAUGACGAAAAAGUUCAUUCUUUUCGAGCAUGCUCUGGGAUACGCCCUACUACGUGUUAAAGCAGCUGAUGUCGAAUCGAUAGUGGAGCUGGCUAAGGAGUUACUGGAUGACGACGAAACAUUUUGCAAGUCCUUUAAAUUGCACGCCUUCUCCCCAUUCUCGUCAUCUGCCAGUGCUCUGCAAAAUUGCAACGCUGUAUCAGAAGGGAUGGUACACGAGGAUUUGAAAAACUUCCUACUGGAAAAUCUACCUCUCGACGGUGCCACCAUGCUUUGUGUGGCGGAAAGAAAGUUAGCAGAUGCCAUCAAGAGUCCGGAAGCCGGCUUUCCUGACACUUUAAUCUGUUCCUCAGAGUCUAUACUAACAGACGCAUUUCGUGCUCUCAGACUUCGAUUUCCAACAUACAUCAAAGAGCUUUCCCAUUUCGCCGAGUCCAAGGCUCAACUCGGUUUAGGUCACAGUUAUUCACGUGCCAAGGUCAAGUUCAAUGUGAACAGAAAUGACAACAUGAUCAUUCAGUCGAUCAAUCUGCUCGAUCAACUAGACAAAGAUGUCAACGUGUUUUGCAUGCGUGUUAAGGAGUGGUUUUCCUAUCACUUCCCAGAGCUGGUCAAAAUAGUGCCCGAUAAUGUCACUUUCGUCAAGGUGAUUGGUCUGAUUGGAACUCGCGAAGGAGUCACACAAGACAAACUGGAGGCCUUAGAAGCGAUUGUUGACAGUGAGAGGGCUCAGAUGAUUAUUGAUGCGGCCACCUCCUCGUUUGGUUUCGAUAUAACUGAAGAGGACGCCGAACAUCUGACGGCAUUUACUGAGAAAAUCUUGUCGCUAGUGGAUCGCCGGAAACAAUUACAGGAUUACCUCGCCUCCAAGUUGUCCGGCGUAGCCCCUAAUUUGAGCACACUUAUUGGGGACCGAGUGAGUGCCCGCUUGAUAUCGCAUGCGGGAUCGCUGAUGAAUCUGGCUAAGUUCCCUGCAUCAACCAUUCAAAUCUUGGGAGCCGAGAAAGCCCUAUUCCGAGCGCUACGACGUCGUGGACGAACACCGAAAUAUGGACUUAUCUUCCACAGCCCGUUCAUAUCCAGGGCAGCCAGAGAGAAUAAGGGACGUAUCUCCCGAUUUUUGGCUGCCAAAUGUGCCAUAGCCUGUCGUUUGGAUUGCUUCAGUGAGAUAUUAUCCGAUAUUUACGGCAAGCACUUGAGAAAACAAAUCGAAGAUCGCCUGAACUUUUUCGAGACUGGUCAAACCGCACUGACGAAUGCUGAAGCGAUGGAAAUUGCUAACGUGGAGGCUCGGAAAUUUAUUCGCAAAAUGAAAAAGAAGGCCAUCACGAUUUUGAAUCAGAAGGUUCCAAUCACUGCACACUCUCCAACGGAGAUGGACGGUGAGUCAGUACCGUCAGUUCCUCUCCCUAAAAAGAAAAAGAAGAAACUAAGACAGAUGGAGGAAGAGGAGGUUAAGACAAAGACGGACCCCGAUCAUGAUGAAGCUGCCACGAUGCAUGAAUCUAACGAACUCACAAACCCGAACGUGGGGAAGAAAAAAAAGAAACGCCAUCUUUCUGAAUGCGCGGCAAUGGAAGUGAAACCAGCGGUUGUACGCCAGAAUCGUAAGCGGUCAGCGUCAGAAUCCAGCUUGGUUGUUGGGGAUGCUGAGCCAAACCAUGUUGAUGUAUUUCCAAAGAAGAAAAAGAAGAGGAUGGAAGCUGCAUUUUGAAUUAGAUAUUUGCCAUAUAACUUGUACAUACGUUUGUACACUUUUUCGCGGUAAUAAAUGCGCUCCCCGAUACUACACGAAUGGUGGUUGCAAUGUGCAAGCGAAGUUAAUUUCGAAAUCGAAUAACAUUUUGUUUCUCAUUAGAUGCUAUUGUGAUUUCAAU